AUGGGCAUCACGAUUCGACAAGCCACCAUCAAUGACAUCCAGGCGAUGCAGAAUGCAAAUUUGCACAAUCUACCGGAAAACUACCAGCUAAAAUACUACAUGUACCACAUUUUGUCCUGGCCGCAGGCCUCAUUCGUGGCUACGACCUAUGACGACAUUGUCAAAGCCAACGACGAGGAAAUUGAUGCAGAAGCAGCAGAGGACCCCAAGGGAGACACCGCGUAUAUAAACAAGGGCGAGAAGAUUGUCGGGUACGUGCUUGGCAAGAUGGAAGACGACCCUGAAGCGCAGGACAAGACGCCCCAUGGCCAUAUCACUUCGUUAUCGGUGAUGAGGACCUAUCGUCGGAUGGGCUUGGCAGAGAAGCUAAUGCGGCAGUCGCUUUUCGCCAUGUGUGAGCUGUUUGACGCCAAAUACGUUUCCUUGCACGUGCGCAAGUCGAAUAGAGCAGCAUUACACUUGUAUCGAGACUCGUUGCAGUUUGAAGUUCAGUCUAUUGAAAAAUCGUAUUACCAGGAUGGAGAAGAUGCCUAUGCUAUGAAGUUGGAACUCAACUUGGACGACUUGCUCCCAUCGCUUGCUCAACAGGGAAUUGAAGACGAUCUCGCUGAAGAUUUAAUUUGA